UUCCUGUAUGCUGUUGCUGCCGGGUGUCCAUGGCCCGCACCCCCAAGCUGCCACUGCAGCAGUCAGAGUGGCAGCCGGAGGCUUGGUCCAUGCUGUGCCCUCCGCACGGUGCUGGUGAGGCUAAGCAAGAGGCCUCCACAUCUCAAUACCUAGGAGAGCAGGGAAGGAGUCUCACCAGGGUAAAGGACCAUGUUACGCCGCAAGCCCUCCAAUGCCAGUGAGAAGGAGCCCACUCAGAAGAAAAAGCUCUCCCUUCAGCGCUCCAGCAGCUUCAAGGAUUUUGCCAAAUCCAAACCCAGCUCCCCCGUGGUGAGCGAGAAGGAAUUUAAUCUGGAUGAUAAUAUUCCAGAAGAUGACUCAGGUGUUCCCACCCCAGAGGAUGCUGGGAAAAGUGGCAAAAAGCUGGGGAAGAAAUGGAGAGCAGUGAUUUCCCGAACCAUGAACAGGAAGAUGGGCAAAAUGAUGGUGAAGGCCCUGUCAGAGGAGAUGGCAGACACGCUGGAGGAGGGCUCAGCCUCCCCAACGUCUCCAGAUUGCAGCCUUGACAGCCCUGGCCCUGAGAAAAUGGCCCUGGCCUUUGCUGAGCAGGAGGAGCAUGCACUCCCAGUGCUCAGCCGCCAGGCAUCAACGGGCAGUGAGCUCUACAGCCCCAGCACAGGCUCCGGCAGCUUUGGGGAGGAAUCACCUGCUCCGCUGCACAUAGGACCCUUCUGUGGCCGAGCUCGAGUUCACACCGACUUCACUCCCAGCCCCUAUGAUCACGACUCGCUGAAACUGCAGAAAGGAGACGUGAUCCAGAUCAUUGAAAAGCCACCUGUGGGCACAUGGCUGGGCCUGCUCAAUGGAAAGCUGGGCUCUUUCAAAUUCAUCUACGUGGAUGUGCUGCCUGAGGAGGCUGUGGGGCCUGCCCGCCCCAGCCGCCGACAGAGCAAGGGCAAAAGGCCCAAGCCCAAGACUCUGCAUGAGCUGCUGGAGCGCAUUGGCCUGGAGGAGCACACAUCCACCCUGCUUCUCAAUGGCUACCAGACACUGGAAGACUUCAAAGAGCUACGGGAAACACACCUCAAUGAGCUGAACAUCAUGGACCCACAACACCGGGCCAAGCUGCUCACGGCUGCCGAGUUGCUGCUGGACUAUGACACUGGCAGUGAGGAGGCCGAAGAGGGUGCUGAGAGUGGUCAUGAGCCAGUGCUGCACACAGUGUCAGAACCCAAGGUGGACAUCCCACGGGACUCCGGAUGCUUCGAGGGCUCCGAGAGCGGGCGUGAUGAAGUGGAGCUGGCAGGCGCUGAGGAGCAGCUGCAAGGCCUCUCCCUAGCUGGGGCACCUUGAGGUAGAGGUGGCGCAGGCCAAGGUUGGGCCUGAGCUGCAGAGGUCGCAGGGAUGAAACGCCUGGGCCCAGAGGACAGUGCCAAGCCUGGUCCUGCUUUCCCAGGGUCACUUACAGCCACAGGCAUGGCCAGAGCCCUAUAAGCUCCACCUGAAGUGGACAAAGGGACACCCAAAGGCACAUCCCACCUGCCAGACCCCUCCCUCUUCCAACGACUGACAGUACAGCCCUCCUGGCACCACCCACUCCCCUAGGCCACAGCCUUAGCAGGUGGGAUAUCAAGGGAAGAAAGCCCAGUGUACCACACUUUCCUUCUCCCUAACUGUCUCAGAGGUCUGGCUGCCCAGUCACGAUGAGAUUUGAACCAAGCGCUUUCCCCCUCUGGGCUUUGUACUUGCCGAAUAGAACGGGUAGUCACUGAGGACCUUCCUGGCCAGCUGACACUCUAGGAUUUUAAAUGCCUGCUCUCCUGCUACCUGUGGCCUGGGGCACCAGUGGAGUUUAUUGAAGAGGCUGGAGGAGCCUCCGGCUUUCAAGUGAAUCGGUUCGUCCUGCCUAUUUCACACCUUCAAUGUGCCAGCCUAAGCUGCAACUUCCUCCGGUUUAAAACAAUGCCUAUACCUUAUAUAAUGUGUGCCCCCUUCUGUCCCUGGCCCUCUCAAAUUAGACUUCCCACCAGACUAAUAGCAGGUGGUCAUACGCGGCUUCCAAGGACACAGAUGCCCCUCAGAUGCCAGUUGCAGGUCUAGGUCCAGACUUGGCCAUGUGUGUGGGUCCUUACAAGCGAAGAAAGCACCAAGCUUGACACUGAGAAGGCCACUGGCUGACACUGCUUUGCUGAUGUUGUGGUGUGCCUUGAGCUGCAGAGAGUGCGGAGUGCAUCUGGUGAUAAAGGCCUCCCUUGACCCCAGUAGCCAAUCUUUGCCACAUGAAUCACCCAGAAGAGCCCUUCCCUGGUACAGGACAAACAGUGCCCACUACCUCUAGGACUGCCUGCUUUGUAGUCACACUUCUUGACCUGCUAUCAGGAACUUUGGGACAAGCUAGCUUUGGGGAAGGGGCUAGGUAUAAAUAUGAAGGGGUGGAGGGAGACAAAUAAAGAAGAAAUAAAAUAUAGGUAGAAUUAAA